UUCCCUUCUACUAGCAUCUUGCCUCCAUCUUCAGAAGCAGAAAGUGUCAAGAUAAAGACACAAAAAUGACCGAGUUUUGGCUGAUUUCUGCUCCUGGGGAAAAAACCUGUCAACAGACAUGGGAGAAACUACAUGCAGCAACUACAAAAAAUAACAAUCUUUCUACUAAUUCAAAGUUCAAUAUUCCAGACUUGAAGGUUGGCACACUGGAUGUUUUGGUUGGUUUGUCAGAUGAGCUGGCUAAACUGGAUGCGUUUGUGGAGAGUGUUGUAAAGAAAGUGGCCCAGUAUAUGGCUGAUGUUCUAGAAGACAGUAAAGAUAAAGUUCAGGAGAAUCUUCUGGCUAAUGGAGUUGACUUGGUCACCUAUAUAACAAGGUUCCAGUGGGAUAUGGCCAAAUACCCAAUUAAGCAAUCCUUGAAGAAUAUUUCAGAAAUUAUUGCAAAGGGAGUAAACCAGAUUGACAAUGAUCUGAAAGCAAGAGCCUCAGCAUACAAUAAUCUGAAAGGGAAUCUUCAGAAUUUGGAAAGAAAGAAUGCCGGAAGCUUGCUAACCAGAAGUCUUGCUGAUAUUGUAAAGAAAGAGGACUUUGUACUUGAUUCAGAAUAUUUGGUCACGUUAUUAGUGAUUGUACCGAAGUUAAAUUAUAAUGACUGGGUUAAGCAAUAUGAAACACUAGCAGAGAUGGUUGUACCACGUUCCAGCAAUGUACUCUUUGAGGAUCAAGAUAGUUACCUUUGUAAUGUCACCUUGUUCAGGAAGGCAGUGGAUGACUUCAAGCAUAAAGCCAGAGAAUACAAAUUUAUGGUCCGUGACUUCCAGUAUAAUGAAGAAGAGAUGAAAGCGGAUAAAGAAGAAAUGAAUAGGCUGUCAACUGACAAGAAGAAACAGUUUGGGCCUCUGGUUCGGUGGCUGAAAGUUAAUUUCAGUGAAGCUUUCAUUGCAUGGAUUCAUGUGAAAGCACUACGAGUUUUUGUUGAAUCUGUUUUAAGGUAUGGUUUGCCAGUUAACUUCCAGGCAAUGCUGCUUCAGCCUAAUAAGAAAACAAUGAAGAAACUGAGGGAGGUUUUGUAUGACUUAUACAAACACCUUGACAGCAGUGCAGCAGCUAUCAUUGAUGCAACUAUGGAUAUUCCAGGCUUAAACCUCAGUCAGCAGGAGUACUACCCAUAUGUGUACUACAAGAUCGAUUGUAAUUUGCUGGAAUUCAAGUAGAAGUUCCCUAACAUGACAAUCUUCUCAGUGUUGGUGUAAACAAACAGAAGUGAGGUUGAAGUACAGUAAUACUUUUAACACUCUACUAAUCAUAUGCUUGCUUCUUAUGUUAGGUGAAUUUAACACACAGUGGUCCAUCUCUAGGCAUUUUGUUUUUAAAGAGCAGUGUAGGUAAUCUGCUUUUAAGCAAUUAUGUCUGUAAAUGUAUAUUGAGAGAAUUGAAGUAUUUAUAAACAGAGUGAUUUAUUUAAGGAAAAGCUCAUUCCUCUUUCAUAUGGUGGUCUGUGUUAAUUCCAUUUACCAUUGUUUAUAAAAAAAACUUGUUUACAGAAGAAUAGUGUAAAUGUCCAUGGCCAUUUUGUUCAUUUGAUUUAGUAGAUACAAUUGUGUUAACGUUGUUGAACUGUGAUGUAAAGUAUGUAAAAUUGGUAUGAAAUUGUGCUUUCUGAAUGGUUUAAAAUUACAAUCAAAGCACUGUAAACACAGGAAAAAAUAAACAUGCCUGUGCAAAUGUGUCA